AUGACAACUUCGACCCCCCUUCAUUUCCUCACUGUGCCACCUCACACUGUGUCACAACUCUCCACAGACAGUGAAGAGUCCAGUGAGGAUGACCUAGGUGCGUCUGAAUCAAUUCCUCAUUGCCUGCUUAACAUGAAUAACAGCAAUAACAAUGAAGAAAAGGAGAAAAAAGAGAAAAAAGAGAAGAAAGAGAAGAAAAAGAAGGAGAAGGAAGAAAAGGAGGCAAAGGAAAAAGAAGAGAGGGAAAAGGAGAAGGAAAAGGAAAAGGAAAAAGAGAAAGAAAAGGAAAAGAACAAAGACAAGCCCAAAGAAUUAUUUGUCAUUAAUCCUGCUGGGAACCUGUAUUACAACUGGCUGUUCAUCAUCACAAUACCCGUCAUGUACAACUGGACCAUGAUCAUAGCCAGGGCUAGCUUUGAGGAGCUGCAGCAUGACUUCAUCAUUUACUGGGUUAUUAUGGACUACACCUCAGACAUUAUCUACCUGGCUGAUAUGUUCUUCAGGACUAGAACAGGUUACCUUGAGCAAGGCCUGAUGGUGAAAGAUAAGAAACUUCUACUUGAUCGUUACAUGGCCAGCUUCCAGUUUCGUCUCGACUUUAUCUCCAUGCUGCCCACUGACUUCCUCUAUUUCUUCCUCGGCCUCGACUACCCAGAGAUCCGCAUCAACAAGCUGCUGAGGAUCGGCCGCCUGAUGGAGUUCUUCACGAGGACAGAAACUAAAACCAACUACCCCAACUUAUUCCGCAUCGCAAACUUGAUCAUGUACAUCCUCAUUAUCAUCCACUGGAACGCUUGCUUCUACUUCUCUUUCUCCAAAUUCAUCGGUUUUGGCGCUGACGACUGGGUUUACCCGGCUCUGGAUGAUCCUGACUUGCCUGCGUUUGGGGAGAUUGGCAGGAAGUAUUCUUUUAGCCUCUACUGGUCCACACUGACCCUGACCACCAUCGGGGAAACGCCACCACCAGCCCUGGACUCCGAAUUUAUCUUCCAUGUGGUUGACUUUUUAGUGGGGGUCUUGAUCUUUGCCACCAUUGUAGGAAACAUCGCCACCAUGAUAUCCAAUAUGAAUGCUGCCCAAGCUCAGUUUCAGUCCCGAAUUGACAACAUCAAGCAGUACAUGCAGGUCCGAAAGGUCGACAAGGACCUUGAGUUGCGAGUCAUUAAGUGGUUUGACUAUCUGUGGAAUAACGGCAAAGCUCAGGACGAGAGAGAGGUGCUGCGGUAUCUUCCGGACAAGCUAAAGGCUGAGAUCGCCAUCACAGUCCACAUGGACACUCUCAAGAAGGUUCGAAUUUUUGCAGACUGUGAGGCCGGCCUGUUGAUCGAGCUGGUGCUAAAGCUACAGCCACAGGUCUUCAGUCCAGGAGACUACAUCUGCAAAAAGGGCGACAUCGGCCGUGAGAUGUACAUCAUCAAAGAUGGAAAACUUGCAGUCGUAGCUGAUGAUGGCGUCACGCAGUUCGUUGUUUUGGGAAGCGGCAGCUAUUUUGGCGAGAUCAGUAUUCUUAAUAUUAAAGGCAGCAAAGCAGGAAACCGGCGAACAGCAAACAUCCGCAGCAUUGGAUACUCAGACCUUUUCUGCCUAUCCAAGGAUGACCUGAUGGAGUCAUUGGUAGAGUAUCCGGAUGCCAAAGGCAUGCUGGAGGACAAAGGGCGGGAGAUCCUGAUGAGAGAUAAUCUGAUAGAUUUGGACCCAGCUAACAUCAUGCCCGAAGCCAAGGAGCUCGAGCAGAACGUCAACAAACUGUACAACGCGAUGGAGCUGAUGCAAUUCAAGCUGAAGAAGAUUCUGGGAAAUUACAAGAACUCUGACAAGGCUCUGAGACAUCGCAUCGCAGAUCUGGAGCACCUAACAGGAGAGGAGGUGGAAGACGAGGAUGAGGAGGAAGAGGAGAUGAAAAAGGAAGAGAAAGAGGUGGAAGGGGAGAAAAAGGAAGAAGAAGAAAAAGGCGAGGAGAUAAAGGAAGGUGAAGAGGAAAAGAAGGAAGAGGAAAAAGAUGAGGAAGCAAAAGACGCAGAAGGAAAGGGUGAAGAGGCAAAAGAAGAGGGGAAAAAAUAA